AAAUGCUGCCCAUCCACCUAGCAGGCUCUGAUCGACCGAGGCCGAGAAAGUUGUACGAGCGCACCACAGUGUAGGGUUUUGGUUGCAAAUAGCAUCUUAGGUUCCGUGCUGUCCGGGUAAUAAAUUAAGCAGCACACACACACACACACACAUAUGCUUCUGCAAAAAUGGCCUACACAACGCAGAAGCAGUUUCUAAGCGUUGCGUUCCUGAACGAAGACCCGAAACUGCCGAGCCGGAAGCGCAGCGAUGCAGUGCUGAAGUCGUACAGCUCGUGCUACGACACCCGGGCCUGGUCGCUCGAUGUGCUGAAGCAGUCCCAGUUCAUCGGGGACGUCGCAAACAGGGCCCUAACACAAGCCGCCAAGGCGCCACUUCACUCCUUUUCCGGUGCGGAACUUACGAAAGAAAUCUUAGUUCGGCUGGAUGCCUGCAAUCUUGCCGACUACAUCCUGAGCCUAAGGGAUGAGAUAAAAAAGCGAAACAGUUCCAUCGAAGCGCUGGAGCAGACAAAGGCGGACCUUACCAAAAGAACUGAGCAGCUGGAUGAAAAAUUGAACGCGUUGGACGAAGAAAAUCGACUGCUUCGGGCGGAAAUUGAGCGCAUCGGUGCCUGCCAGGAGCAGCAGCGCCAGACGAACCAGUUCGACGAGGCGGAGCUUGCCGAAAUCAGCCAGAUGAUUAUUGAUCUGCGGGACUGUAAUGAAAAUCUGGAGGAUGAGAUGCAGAUAUUGCGCAACCAGCUGCAAACGGCGGCCGCAUCGUCGGUCGGCGACAAUCAGGUCACCGUGGAGGCUGAGAACAACUUUCUCAAGUUCAAGGCGAAGGAUUACGACCGGCUGGAGGGUGAGCUGGCACUGUUUAAGGCGGAGUACGACAGUUUGACGCUGCAGAAGCGGGAGCUGGCGGAAGAGUUGCACCGGGCCCAGCAGUACCGUUUGCGAGCCGUGGAGUUGAAGCAGGACCUGAAUAAGGAACUGCACCGUCGGGAGAUGUGCGAGGAGCAGAUUGAAAUGUUGGUGAACAUGUACGAACAACAAUCAGUUGAACUGAAUCAAUUGAAACGUCAGGUGCUAACGUUCGAUCGAUCCUCCCAAGAUCGUCUUUUCGAUGAGUCGACGGAAGAUCAUGACGGUUCGCAAACCACAGCGACACUGAAUGUCGCUCAAGAUGAUGAUGCCGGUAUUGAGUUAGUUGAGACAAUAUCCUUUGAAAAGCCCGCUGCCUGUCCGAAUUGUCCCGAACAGCUUAAAAACAUUGAGGAUCUGAAACGAGAAAUCGCUUCGCUGCAAGCUCUGACUGCCAGUCAACCGCAAUCGAUCCCGCAAGACAAUACAGACGCACAGUUAAUGGAUCUGCGCCAAGAAUUGACGGACUGUAAACGCCAACUACAGGAGUCAGCGGACAAGUACGCUUCGCUGCGCGUAACUUCAGCGGUAGCUGCUGAAUCCUUCAAUUCUUCACCGCAAGUCAACGCCGAUCAACAGCAACAGAUGGCAGAUCUGCGGCGAGAAUUGACAGACUGUCAACGGCAGCUAAAGGAAGCAACGGACCAGUAUGAAGCACUGCAAGCGUCUUCCACAGCAGACGGACAGGAGCUGGAACGUGUGAAGCUGCAGCUGGAGCAGCUAGCCAGCGUUUCCGACGCACCUGCUGGGCAGCUGGAACUGUUUGCCGCAAAUGAGAAGCUAAGCGUGUUGCAAAAGGAAAAUGAAAAGCUUCAAAAAGAGCUGUCCGAAAACAAAGCUCGCAUCGUUGAGCUGGAAAAGAAGGUGCAAUCGGCUGCGUCAAGUGUUCCGGUGGCAACCGCGCUGCCCACCGGUGGCGAGUGCUGUGCGGAGAAGGUCAACAAAAUUUCCGAACUGGAGCAAACCAUUUCCAGGCUGAAGGAUGAUGAUGCCUCGAAGGCUGUUGUGACCGCCAGUCCGGCAGCUGAGGCAAGUGCGGAAAAUGCGAACCUUCUUCAAAGAAUAACAAACCUCGAAAAGGAGCUGCUGGAGCGGGAUCAGAAAUUGAAGACGCUACAGGAAGCGGUGGAUAGGAAGAGUGUUGCUGCGACGGCGGAAGCGACCAGCGUCGAUGGUGCCGAGAUGAGCGCGCUGUUAUCUCAGCUGGCGGAAAAGAACGAACUGAUUAAAAAGCUGCAAGAUAAGCUGGACACCGUGUCGUCGGUCCCAGCAGCUGCCGAUGAUGAUGGACGGGCAUGUCAGGAAGAGCUGACCGAACUGCGGGUCCGGCUGGAGGCGUGCGAAGGAGAAGCAGUCGCCCGGCUCGUGUCGGACGUCCUGCCCGAACCGAGAAAAAGUGUCCGAAUAAGCGACGAGGUGGAAGAGUUCGAGCCACUGUCCAUCAAGGAAGAGCUGGGCAGCGAGCAGGACGAGAAGGAAACGGAGGAAAUUAAGGCCGAACCAUCGGACGAGAAGGAAGAAGAGGCGGAGGAGGGGGAUGAGUCCGACAAUGGCGACAACGAUGGUUCGCAAACGUCCGUCGGGCACAAGAAACGGCUGAACAGCUCGCUGGAAAAGCUGGAGCAGCUGCAGGAGAACCUCAGCAAGCGCUGCACGCUGGCGGCCAUGAUGGGCAGGCAGCCGGGGGUUGAGUGUGACUGCAUUCAGGCGAUAGCGUUCAAGAUAGCGCAGGACGGGCUGGAGGUGCUGCUGGUGGCGGAGCUGUACGUGCUGCUGCAGGAGAUUUGCAGUGCCAUCACGCGUAAGAACGCCGUGCUCGGGAGGAAUGUGACCGUGCUGGCCAACAGCAUGACCAAGUGCUGGCAGGUCAUCACGGAUGCACGGGUCAUGAUGAACAUGGAGCUGACGAACCGUACCAGCCACCACCAGUCGGUGACGUCCGUGUCGGCCCACUGCAUGUCCGUGCAGGAGGUGCAGGAGGAGAAAGGGGAGGAGCAGGACAACCGUACUAGAACCGCCAGCCACACGGCGGGUCAUCUGUCUCGGCCGAGCGGAUGGGUGGGCACGGACGGUACAAGACCAUCGACCAUACCGCUGCACCAAUCGAUGUCGGUUGGCAGUGACGAUAACAGACACUCGAACGCGCUGGAUGUGCAAAGGCGUCGAACGAUCAAAUGGAUGGAAAAUGUGAAGAAAUCUGGUCGGUGAAAAUUGGAAGCCAGCGUCUCGUGACGAGCGUGUUUCAUCACUUGAUCGAGGUUCACUUGAUGCAGAACACAAACACCCAACAAUUCGCACAAACUCAGACAAAUUAAAGUGUAUUUCAGAUUUACCAGAACUAAA